CAAACACCCUGGAAUCUUACAUGAACACUGUCCUUUCAUUCACCUGCCGAUAACAUAUUAUUAUUCAUACACAUACUUGGACUUGACAGCCAAACUCUAAAUUAACAAAAAAAAGAAAAAGAAAAAAAAACCCCCCCCAUCAUGGUUGUCAACACUGAUAUGCCCGAGACAGUCGAGUGGCAGGGCAAGCAGGUGCCUGUCUGGCCCAUGCAGACCAUCGACUAUGGUCGUCUUCUCUCCCAGGACACUGCUGAAAUUGAAAAGGUGCUCAAUGCCUGCUUGGAGGAGGGUUACUUUUACCUUGACCUCAAGGGAAUUGAUGGCAGGAGGAUGCUUGCCGACCAAAAGGAGACCCUCGAUCUCAUGCAUCGCUUCUUUGAGAUGCCCAUUGAGGCCAAGAACGAGUUUGGGUUGAUCUCAUCUCACUUGGGCUAUGAGCCAGUCGGAAGCCGCACCGGAGCCAGGGCCGGCAGCAAGGAUGGCUAUGAGAUGCUCAAGGUCUCGCGGGACGAGAUCCAGAGGGACAGUCCCAAGAUCCCCAACGCCAUCAAGACCAGCAGCGACAUGAAGAUACUGGAGAACUCCAUUGGCAGCUGUAACACCAUCACCAAGGUCAUCCUGUCGGCUCUGUCCACCGGCAUGAACCUGACUGGCGCCUCGCGCUUUGAGAUGUCUCACCGUAACGAGAGGCCUUCGACUACGACUCUCUCAAUGAUGCACUACCUCCCUUCGGACUCCCUGGACGAAAACAGCAUGGGUCACCAGAAGCACACCGAUAUCAGCUCCCUCACUCUCCUCUUCUCGGAGCAGUGGGGUCUGCAGAUCCGACCUCCGGGAGUCUGCGGCGCGCGCGAGAUGGGCUUCGUGGCGCCCAAGCCUGGCUGUGCCUUUGUGCACGUCGGCGACUCGCUCCGGUUCGCCAGCGGCAUGAAGAUGCAGUCGUGCAUUCACCGCGUCGUGCCCUUUGACCCGUCGGAGCACCGCUACUCCAUUGCUUACUUCCUCCGCGCCGAGGACGACACCAUGUUCCAGGACUCGGAGGGCCGCUUCAUCACGGCCGGCCAGUGGCACGACGAGAAGUUCAAGGCCUUCACCGACCCCGAGCUCUGGCAGGCUAUGGCUCCCAAGUCCAUGAUCCUGGGUGGUAUGAAGGAGGAUGGCGAGGACGAACCCGUCGCCAAGGAGGCGCCCGUCCCCGUCGCUGCUGCCCUGGCUGUGGCUCCUGAAGUCAGCGCUCAGGCUUAACCGAAAUCCAGCUUCUUUUUUGUUCUUCUGUUCUGUCUUAUCCACAUAUCUCUAGUUCUAGUUGGAAAUGUCAUUUUGUACUCCAGUCAAUAUUUGUUUUUAUUACUUUUGUUCUGCAGGGCAUGAAUAUGUCUUUGUUAGCUGUUUAUGAUGAUAUACAAAUCAUGACUUUUGUCCAAUACUUCGUAGAAUUCAUCUGGCAUAAACGCGUUAUUCUCAUCUUGAGCUUGGUCGAUGGCAUGUCGCGGUUGUUAUAUCCCUCAAGCCAAUGUCCAACAGCCACUUCAAACGCUCAUCUUGUCAGAGGCUGGCGCGGGCACCAGGUCCUGCUUCUUGACGAGCCGCAGGCCCCCGACCCCCACGAGAAGCCCAGCCGCAACAAGCACCAAACCGAGAGUAACCAAAGCGCCAAUGACACCGGCAACAGGCUUGGUGAUACCAUCAUCACUGCCACCCGAAGCAGCCCCAACCGCACCCGCAGUCCCGGUCGCAUCAGCAGCGCAACCAGCAGACGCGGGCCCGCACAGCUCACACCAGCGUGCCGUGUCCACGACCGCAACCUUGGCCAUCUCGCUCUGGAAAGCCGACCAGGACAUCAGGGUCUCACCGUUACCAAACAGCGGGUAAGCCUUGAGCGGCCUGUCGGCCGACGCGGAGCCGUUGACGAAGCGGAAGCGCACGCUCACGUCAUCCGGGCUGACGACGGCUUUUCCACCUGCCGCGGCAGAAGACGAGACGGACGCGUUGGUGACGAGCUCAAACGCCAUGCUGCUGGCGUAGUCGACGAUGCCGGUGAAGUCGGCGCUCACCUCGUGCAGGCCCACCAGGCCGAAGAAGGAGGAGAAGGUAGCGUAGGCGCCGAACUGCACGUCGACGAGCGGCGACGACGCGGGCUUCUGCAGCGUCGCGUUCAGGGACCGCAGGGCCUGGCCGGCCAGGGUGGCGCCGGCGAUGGCGCGCACGGGCUCAGAGGCGUUGAAGGCCAGGUUCCACUCGAGCUGGUUGGCGCGGGUCGAGAGCUGGUGGAGGACCGAGUCGGUCAUCAGGUUGCGGCCUGGGUAGGAUGCGUUGUGGAUCUGGGCGACGUUGAUGAGGUCGUAGACUGCAUAGCCGUUCUUAAAGUUGACUGCGUCGGCCUUGAACGUGCGGUUGAUGGCAGGCAUCAGGCCCUGGUAGAAGCCACGGGUACUCUCGAGGGUGUCGAGGUAGUCGCGGCUGGCAAGGUACGAGUUGGAGCUGGCAACGGCCUUUGCGCAACCGCUGCCGGACUGGAGCCAGGCGUCAUUCUCAGCACCGCUCGGCGUGGCGGCAGUGGUGAGGGAGUUGACGGGGAUGUACUGGUAGCCACCGAGCACCGACUGCACCGUCUCGCCGUCGGCCAGGACCUGGACGUCAGCCGUGGUAGGCGGGUAGAGCCCCUGAAGGAAGGCCUGGCCGCUGUUCUGCAGCACGACGUCAACGGGGCUGACGACGUUGAGCUGCGAGUUGACGGCGAUAUCCGACGAGAUGCCGUCGAUGCGACUGGUGGCGUUGCUGGCGACAUAAAGCGACCGGUAGUACUCGCCCGAGCUGUGAACCUGCUCGGCACCUAGCGCCGUCAGCUUGGUAGGCGGAGUGGACUUUGCUGUGCGGUCUCCAUGGCGGUGGAAGACGUAGACGCCCAACACCGUCUCGGCCGAGACCAGGGUGGGAAGCAGCAGUCCCAAAAGGGCAGACAGCUGAGCCUUGGUCUUGAGCUGCAUUGUUCAAGUUAGUCACUGUUGGGACUCUCGACUAGGAUAGGAGAGAUGUAAACGAGCAAAAAGUUAACUUUGCAACGUCAAGAGACUUUUCCCA